AUGGAAUAUACAACAAUUAGUGUAUUACUUUCGUUGAUGAAACUCGAUUUCAUAAUGGAGUUGUUUUCGAAAUUUAGAAACGCUAAAAAAUUUUCAUACCAGUUCGUCGAAGAUUUGAUUCACGAAAAACUUUCUAAAACUGCUAAUGCAGAAAAGAGUAUUACAAAUACAAAAGAUGACAUGUCCAGUAAUGAGGAUUUCUUGCUUACAAACGAAGAAAAUGAAUUCACUAAUAAUGAAAAUGAUCUUGCAGACCAUUCUAUAAAAAAAGAGCCAAAAAUAUUUAUUGAUCAAGCAAUAAAACUAUACAAACAGCAACUAUUCACAUGGAAUGAUAUAAUAAGUGAAUCAAAUACAAUUGUUGGAGCAGCAUUUGAGACUACAGCUAGUGCCAUUUAUUCUGCUCUUGUUAUGUUAGCCAUGCACCCGGAAAUCCAGCAGCGACUUUUUGAGGAAGUUUUAGACGUAUUUCCUGAGAAAAACUUUAAUGCUGAGCUUGAUCAGUUAGAUCAGUUACAAUAUUUGGAUUGUGUAAUAAAUGAAACACUUCGCCUUGCUCCCUCUGUUUCAAUAAUCGGACGACAUGUUACAAAAGAUACACAAGUUGGCAAAGAUGUAUUUCCCAAAAAUACACAAAUUCUAAUCUCAAUACUGCAUCUUCAUCGACGCACAGAUAUUUGGGGUCCAAAUGCAAAUAAGUUUGAUCCAGAACAUUUUUCAGCUGAGAACUUCGGAAAAGUUCAGAAAUGUGCUUUUAUUCCAUUCUCAAAAGGUAGUAGGAACUGCAUAGGAUUACGAUAUGCAAUGUUCUCAAUGAAAAUCAUAUUAAGUGGACUUAUUCGGAACUUUAAAUUUGAAACUGAUUUUAAAUUCGAAAACAUCAGGUUCACAAAUCAAAUAGCAUUAAAAUUUUUAGAGGAACCCGGAUUGAGAAUUCGUAUGAGGUCAUAA